AUUUAUAGGGGCUUGUGUCCUCACAUGCUGAGGAAGAGUUCACACGUUUUUUAAAGAGGGAAUAAGGAUAGUUGAGUAACACUGUUCAACUCCUUUUUUUUCUGUUUAAAAGAUCAUUGUCAACAAUAAUAUAGCUGAUAGACUUCAGUCCUGAAGUAAUGGCCGAACUAAAGCACCUGUACACGGCGUGGGAUGUGGAUCGGCACAUCGUCUUGGACUCAGCCGAUAAGCUAGUGCUCAUUCGUUUUAGUAGCUAUGAAAAUCCACCAGACGAGGCUCUCAAUGCGUCUAUGGCUGUUUUGUCGAGCCGGAUCAAGGGUGAAAAGACAGACCGGAAAGAUGCUGAUGAUCAAUUCAAGCGUCAGAAGCACCGAAUUGAUGGAAGUGGUGAUAACACUCAGGGUAUGGCAGGCCUGGAAAACACGAUGAUAAAGACACCCCAAGCAUCCAGUGGUGUGGCUGGCAUGGAGCACUAUCUUUUUACUCAUCAAAUUGACGCAUUGCUUGUCGAAAUAAGCCCUAAAGUUCGAAAGUAUUGCACCAUCUACGCUGUCGAUACGAAUCAAGUCCCAGAGUUCAACCAGAUGUAUGAGCUCGGGCAUGAUCGGGAUCCAUUUGCGGUGAUGUUUUUCUUUAGAAAUACGCAUAUUCGCGUGGACGUAGGCACUGGCAAUCACAAUAAAAUUAACUUUUUUGCCUUCGAAGAUGCAGACGAGUUUAUUUCAAUCAUUGAUGCCGCAUAUCGAGCUGGAAAGUUGGGAAAGAAUAUGACAAGCUCUGAUAAAAAGUACUCGACCGUCUCGCUGCGGCAUUGA